AUGUCGAUUGCCUUCACACCCCUCUGUAUCGAUGGGACAUCGCGUCCAGCGAGCACCGACGCGCAAUACGACGUGCACAACCCGUACUCGCAAGCCGUCAUAGGGCACGCAGCAGCCGCCUCCAGCCAAGACUGUCACGACGCCAUCGACACGGCCGCCGCUGCCUUCCCUGACUGGGAGCACUCGCCUCUAACCAAAAGGCAAGACGUAUUCAUCAAAGCUUCAGAGCUCCUCAUGACGCCCAAGUAUCAAGAGAAAAUCUCCAAAGCGUUGAAGGAAGAGCUGGCGUUUACCGAUUUCAUGGUAGGCUUCGAGGUGAUGGCAUCGGUCUACAACCUGCGCCACAACGCCACGCUGGUCCAUCAGCUCAAGGGAGAGGUCAAGCCUUCCUUGAUACCUGGCGGGCAGAUGAUGAUACAGAAAAGAGCCAUGGGAGUCAUCCUUGCGCUCGCACCAUGGAACGUGCCCUUGGCGUUGGCUUUCCGAGCCGUUCUCAUUCCUAUCAUCUGUGGCAAUACAGUCGCGCUGAAGUGCUCUGCAGUCAGCCCUCGAAUUCAAAGUCUCAUUGGCCAAAUAUUCCAGGAGGCGGGUCUGCCAAAAGGUGUUUUGAACACCAUCUCCAUAGCGGAGGAGGACAUCAGCAAGCGCAUGGCGGAGAUGAUCGAUCAUCCAGCUUUACGAAAGAUCAACUUCACAGGCGGUCCGAAUGUGGGCAGAGCCAUCGCAAUGGAGGCUGUGAAGCACCUGAAGCCCUAUGUGCUGGAGCUCGGCGGCAAUUGCCCCGUCAUCGUCCUAGAGGACGCAGACCUCGAAUCUGCAGCACAAUCAAUCACCACCGGCGGCCUGAUGAAUUCCGGCCAAAUAUGCAUGUGGACUCAACAUGUCAUCGUCCAGCGUGGUGUCCUACGCUCUCUCACCUCCUCUCUGGUCAAAAGCUUUGAGGAAUCAGCAGAGCGCGUGCUCAAGAUCAUCCGUGAGGCAAAGGACGCCGGCGCGCGUAUUCUGGUCGGCGACAUGGCCAGACAAACCUCAGUGGUCCAGCCACACCUCCUCGCCGACGUCAAACCAGGAAUGGCGCUCUGGGAUGAGGAGUGCUUCAGACCAGUCGUCACUCUGACCGCAGUGGAUACCAUCGACGAGGCAGUGCGGUUGGCGAAUACAUGCGAUUAUUCCCUAAUGGCAGGGUUGUGGACUCAAAACAUCCACACCGCGCUCGAGAUAGCUCCGCGCGUCCGGGCAGGAUACAUCAAUAUCAACGGACAGUCGGUGCACGGCGAAGGACCCAUGGGAGGCCUCAGCGGCCUCUUGGGUUAUGGCCAAUUCACGAUAUCUGAGUUCACAGAUGACCGCGUACUCCUGCUGCAUCCGCAAACAUCACCUGUAUACUGGAUCGCUGGGGCUGCUUGA